AUGGUUAUCGAUCUGUCGAACACCACUUCCGAGGUGAAUUUAUUAAAAACAUUCUCUCACGAGGAUCGCGAUUUGCUCGACUAUGUAGCAGCUGAUAAAUCUUCUUAUUUGGUCUUAAGGAGUUUUGAGGAAGUCAUCACUGUAAAGGGCACGAAGGGAUCGGUGUGCAUAGAGCAGUCACCGUUGACAGUGAAACCAUGGUACAGUGAUGGGGAAUCGUUCGAGGUGGUAGAGGUGGUCAUACUGCUAAUAGCACUUCCCAUGUGCAUAGCACAAUUUUCAAUACAAGGACCUAGUGACGGGAACCGAGUCGCCCAGGGUCUAACAAUACAGGAAGGGAAAGGAGUUCAAUACACAGAACAAAGUGAACCAGUGAACGGUGGUUUCACAAUUCAAGGCGCCUCAGAUGGUCACUCGAACGUUCAAAGUGGCAAUGAUGGCCAUACAAAUUUCAAUAUUCGGGGUUCCACUGAUGGUGGAGCAGAAAGGUACAAUUUCCAGGGAGCUACUACUGGACAAUAUAAUAUUCAGGGAGCAUCGGAUGGACACAGUCAGCCACAGUCGAUCAUUCGAAGUUCAUAUGAUCCUAGCUCUUCUGCUAAAUCUCUUCAAUACAAUGAUCCCAGCGGAUCAAGGGUGAGCUGGAGAUCGUACGAUCGUCAAUCAUUGCCAGGGCCACAACAGCAAUAUUCGGAGGCAACGAUUCCAGUUAGACAGCGACAACGACCUCAUCCACAACGGCAACCACAACCGCAAGCUCUACCGCAGCCUGAACCAGCUCAGCUACCAUCGAAAAGUUUGGAUAGCGCACCGCAGUACAUUAAACAACUACUGGAGUUCCAGACCCAACUUCCAUAUGUGAACAUCAUUCCUGAACCGUUUAGGUACGAUGCGUUAGUGACAGCACAGGGAGAAACUCAAGGUAAUCAACCGGUUCAAUACCAACGCCAGGAACAGGAAGCUCCAGAACCACGGCGUCCAUCUUACCGCGGGAAACCACGUGGUCCACCCAGACACAGAAGGCAAGCGCCAGAGCACAGACCGGAAGGUGUGCCGCAACAAAGCCGCAGACUUUCGCAACCGCCUCCUGAACCUCAGUACAGAUAUUCAACAAACUUGCCUCCAUCGCUCGAGCAGAUCUUAAAAUUCCAGGCUCAGACGCCUUACAUUAAUGUUAUUCCUGAGCAGUUUAGAUUCAAUCCGGAGCCAUCAAUAAGGGAGCAACAGCAGCAAGUGGAAAGUCAUUACAAGGAUCUCCUCAGCCGACAACCAACAGAACCAGUGGUGCAAGCAGCAUCCUUCGGACGAGCCUCGACUCGAGCUCAACCUUCAGAGCCAGCUCCCGAGUAUUCCCGACAAAGAAGACAAGCACACCAGCAACGACCACAACCCCAACAGCUUCCAGCAGAGCCUCGUCCACAAUACUCAACCAACAUUCCACCCCAAAUUCAGAGCCUGCUGAAGUACCAAGCUCAAAUUCCGUACAACAUCAUAGCUAACCAAAUCACUUAUCGCCCUGAGAAGCCCUACGUGCCUCAACCUGUUCAAUCGCAACCUUCGCAACAAUCUCAGUACGAAGCUCAGCAAGCGCAGUACGAACCUCAGCAAGCACAGUAUCAAGCUCAGUACCAACCUCAGCAAGCUCAGUACCAACCUCAGCAGGCUCAGUACCAACCUCAGCAAGCUCAGUAUCAACCAGCAGCUCAGUACCAACCUCAGAGUGCUGAGUACCAACCGCAGUACCAGACUCAGGCUGACCAAUAUCAGGGUCAAUCGACUGGUUACAAUCAGCAGUACUCCAGUCAGAUACAGUACCCAGCUGGGUACCAACAGUCUGGAAACGAAGUUCGUCCUGUCACUGAAAAUCAGUACUGA